GGUGGCCCCAGGGGACGUCUUCUCCGUGAGCUAAAAGAAAUAAUGCUCAAUCCAACGGACGGUUGCCAUGUGGAGUUCGUUGAAGACGAUAUAACCCACUGGCACUGCAUUAUUCUCGGCCCUUCCAAUUCUCCCUAUGAGGGAGGGCACUUUAAAUUAGAUAUAUUAUUUCCAGAUAACUACCCGUAUGUCCCGCCUCAUGUACAAUUUACGACUCAGAUUUACCACUGCAACAUCACCAGUGGCGGCCACAUAUGCCUGGACAUACUAUCGAACAACUGGUCGCCUAUCUUGACUGCAGAUAAAGUUCUCCUAUCGAUCAUGUCGCUGCUAGCAGAUCCCAAUCCUGACGACCCCAUGGAAAUCGUAGUUGCCAACAUGUACAAGAGGGACCGAGAGCAGCACGACCGAGUCGCCAGAGAGUGGACCACACUCUACGCCAUGCCAUAAGUUCUAUUUUGAUAAGCAUGCACAUAAUGCACAGUAACACCACCCAGAAAUUCAUACCCAUAUUCAUACAAAUAUCAGAAUUCUUAUGACAA